GCGCAUGCGUCUCUCUUGCCUUCUCUAAGAGUCUCGUAACUGGGAGGCAAAAGACGGGGCGGCCUCGCGGGCGUCCCUAUCAAGCUCCAUGGGCGUGCACGCGGCCAGGCCCCGCCCCCUUUUCCCUCACGGCGGCGGCGGCGACGACGAAGGCGAAGGCUGGAGGUAGCGGCAGCCCGGUAGGGCGGCGACCGGCGGGAGGGGGGGAGAAGAUGGCGGUGGUGGCAGCGGCUGCCUCCUGGCUGUGGAGCGGGCUGUGGAACGAGCGCUUCUGGUUUCCGGCCAACGUGACUUGGGCCAAUUUGGAGCGGGACGAGGGUCCCGAAGGAGGGGCCGGAUACCGCACCGGCCACGUUCUGGCCGCCUUCCCGCUAGCGGCCGGCAUCUUUCUCCUGAGGCACCUUUUCGAGAGAUUUAUUGCCAAACCAUGUGCUGUAUUUCUUGACAUUCAAGACAGUGGACCACGCAGAGCUCAGCCCAAUGCAAUUCUUGAAAAGGUGUUUACAUCUAUAACUAAGUGUCCAGAUGCAAGAAGGUUAGAAGGUUUGUCAAAACAGCUUGACUGGGAUGUCCGAAAAAUCCAGUGCUGGUUUCGUCAUCGGAGGAAUCAGGACAAACCAAGCACCCUUGCGAAGUUCUGUGAGAGCAUGUGGAGGCUUAUAUUUUAUUUAUACAUAUUUACCUAUGGAAUCAGAUUUCUUUGGUCGUCACCCUGGUUUUGGGAUACACGACAAUGCUGGUACAACUAUCCUUUUCAGCCAAUUACAUCUGGCCUUUAUUAUUAUUACAUUACAGAACUGGCCUUUUACUGGUCUCUAAUGUUUUCACAGUUUACAGACAUUAAGCGAAAGGAUUUUCUGAUGAUGUUUAUCCAUCACUUGGCUACAGUAGGACUCAUUACCUUCUCCUAUAUGAACAAGAUGGUGCGAGUAGGAACCUUGGUCAUGUGUAUUCAUGAUGCAGCAGAUAUCUUGUUAGAAGCAGCAAAAUUGGCGAACUAUGCCAAAUAUCAGCGACUAUGUGAUGGAACCUUCAUACUGUUUUCUGUGGUGUUUAUUGUCACCCGUUUGGGGAUUUAUCCUGUCUGGAUACUGAAUACAACUUUGUUUGAAAGUUGGGAUAUUAUUGGCCCUUAUCCAUCAUGGUGGCUAUUUAAUGGGCUUCUUUUAAUUUUACAAAUUCUCCAUGUUUCCUGGUCCUAUUUCAUUAUUCGCAUUGCCUACAAGGCCCUGGCACGAGGAAAGGUAUCAAAAGACGAACGUAGCGACGUGGAGAGUAGCUCUGAAGAGGAAGAUGUGACUUCAAAUAAUAGAAAAGGAAUCCUUAGCCCUUCAGUCAGUGACAGCAACCGGAUUAAUGGCCAUAUAACUAGUGACCAGUGGGCAGAAGAGGAGUAAGAAGAUGAAACAGAGAGGCCUCCAGAAAAUACAGACAUUUGUCAAAAAUCUCUAAAUAUGUUGUGCUCCACAUUCCGAAGAAGUCUUUAAUCAAACUGCCACUUCAGCCACAAAUCUUUCAAUAAAUUUGAAAUGGGCUCAGUGCAGGCAGUUUUGCACAGAAAGGAUCGAGGUGAUUUGCUAGUGCACCAGCUAUUUCCUGUUUCACUUCUUAAAGACCGUAAGAAUCCUGUAUUACGUGUCUCAUGUUUGUUUGUGAAAGGUGAGAGAGUGAAGAGCUUGUUUGUGUUAGGAUAGGCUCAAACUGAGAAAGGAUAUGUUUAGGUUGGGUCUGUUGAUUUUCAGAAGGGCUAUCUACUACUGCUGAAUCAUAUUCCCGGUUUAUUGACCCUGUGGUCUGUUUUUGAUGUGAGAUUACCCCAUCAUCUUGGAAGGGCCAAUUUAGUAUUCUAUGGAGCCUAGUCUGUCCCAUAGUUAGAAAACACAAGCUUUUGACUCUGGCAAUGGGAAACAGGAUUUGCUUAUUAGUGAGUGCAUGGCACCCCAAUGAUAAAGUUUUACGUCUGCUUGUUUGGAUCAGUGGAGAAGAGAAAGCUGGCAUUCUUUACCUCUUUUUUUUUCUUUUGAGUUGGAUAGCAUCUCCAAAGUUUUCAUCAUGAUUUUCUAAGAUCACCUGCUUUUCCUGCACAUUCUAUGACUCCGAAGGCACAUCCCAUAAAGAAAUGGAUGCAUUUGUGUCAUGGGAUUAUAGAAAUGGGUGAUCCGUUGUCUUGCUGAUUUUCCUAUGGAGCAUCUUACAAAUGUGCCCAUGUUUUUUCAGAACAGAAGUGUGCCGCACCUUCUUCAGUCACUUGUGAUAUACCACUGGGAUGGAGAGGCUGCCACAUAUGGACUCUGUCCUCCCACCCACCCCCUUUUUACUCAAAGGUACUUCAGGGGAGCUGGAAGGCAGCAAAGUGUUGUCAUACCCAGGACUUUGAAAAUUCCCUGAGUUAUUAUCAUUUUAUACUAUUGUUUACUCUGUGAUUAAAAAAUUGUGUGAAAAAUA